UCCUUUUCCCAAAGUUACGGAUCUAUUUUGCCGACUUCCCUUACUUACAUUGUUCUAUCAAUUAGAGGCUGUUCACCUUGGGAGACUUGCUGCGGUUAUGAGUACGACCAGGUUGUGAGAAUAAAUCUUUCCCUUGGUUUUUCAAGGAUCAUUGAGAACGCACUGGACCUAACUAAGUGUCGGGCUCUUGCGAUCAAAAUACCAUAA